AUAUAUCUACAUCUCACUCAAUUGAACAAGACUACAGUAUCGAUACCAACCUCCUCUCCAAUCACCAACUUUUUCCACUCCACAGCUACGACACCACCACUACCACCAAUCAUGGCACCUCGCGUACUCUUCGUCCUCACCAGCCACGACAAGAUGGGCAACACCGGCAAGCCCACGGGAUGGUAUCUGCCCGAGUUCGCCCACCCUUACUACAAGCUCGAGGGCAAAGCCGAAAUCGUCAUCGCCUCGCCCAACGGCGGAGCCGCACCCCUCGAUCCCUCCUCCGUCGAGGCCACCAAGGAAGAUGCGGAAUCCGUCAAGUUCUUGAAGGAGAAGGAGGCACUAUGGACAAACACACAGAAGCUGAGUGACUUCGUUGGGAAAGCGGAUAGCUUUGAUGCCAUUUUUUACGUUGGUGGUCACGGACCCAUGUUCGACCUCGCAACCGACGCCACCUCGCACCAAAUCAUCCAAGAAUUCUACGAAUCCGGCAAAGUCGUCUCUGCCGUCUGCCACGGACCUGCCGCCCUCGUCAACGCCAAACUUUCCGACGGAAGCUACUUGGUUGCCGGGCAAGAAGUGACAGGCUUCACCAACACCGAGGAGGAUCAAGUCCAACUUUCUUCUGUCAUGCCGUUUAUGCUGGAGACGGAAUUGGGUGCUCGUGGCGGAAAGUACGUCAAGUCGUCGGAGCCAUGGGCUCCCAAGGUCGUUGCGAGCGGAAAGGGUGGCAAGUUGAUUACGGGCCAGAACCCGGCUUCGGCAGGUCCGAUUGGAGAGGCUAUUUUGGCUGCUAUUCAGUAGAUUGAUGAAGUUUUUGGAUUAGAUUGGAAAGAGGAAUUCUCGAUGAGCCUCUAUGAGAAAUGACAAUUGCAAAAACAAAAGCUUUU